GCGCGCAGGAGAGCUCAGUCAAAAAGCGUCGCCGGCGUUUGUCAACAUGAUCACCGCUCACACUGAGGAUACAGCGUCUUUACCUCUCUCGACGUCUCACGCUGACACUUGUCAAAUCGGUUUGGUCGUCUUAACUCGCGAUGGUCGUGAGCAUUCGCGCAGCCGACGCUUGGAAUAAGGCGACUCGACUCCAGCGAGGUCUCGUUGAGGACUGAGGAACGCGUGAGAAAUGGAGACAAAGGAUGUCCUGCAGAUUAUUCGUUCUUCUUGAUGAACCCUACAGUUUUCUUUAGGGAAUAAUUUCCUGGCCACUGUUCCUACAUGACUACUACACCUCUAUGUCAACAUGUCACUAUCAGACUGCAAAUAUGGGAGCAACCUCCAAAGGGAUCACAAUUACAGCCUCCACAGCUUGCCUAUGGCUGAAAACUAUGGGAAAAGGUCUGUCAGGACGUUGUUGGACUUCAGGCACACAAACGUGACAGAAAAUCUGGACGUAAAGCACUUCCCCCUGUUCUUUUUAAACAACCUACGGAGCUUCUCAAAGCUCAAAGUGGUUGGGUUUCUCCUCGGCCUGACGCUCGUGUUCCUCAUCAUGGCCUCCUAUGUCCUGAUGUGGGACAAGAAAAGACUUCUGCUCACUCCCUCACCCUACCAGCUCAGACCCGCGCUCAUCCCAACCAGCACGGCAGCUGCCGACGUUCCCUUUAAAAAGAAUUUAAUAGACAUGAAUCUGCUGGUGAACAUCAUCAGCUCCAAACAGUACAAACCCAGGAAGGUGCCUGACGAAAAGGACAUCAGUAAAACAGAUCCUCGUUUGUUCUCAGCGAUUCCUCAACAUUUCUUGCCCAGCAUCAAGAGCCCCUGCUGGUACGAGGAGUUCUCAGGUGGAAUCAGCACUGAUCCGUACAGGAGGAACCGCUUCACGCUGCGCUCAAAGAGCUUCAAAACCAUGUGCGAACGUCUCAGGACCACCUUUGUCCACCACUUACACAAAAGAGAUGGCAAACACUUCCGUCUGCGCUGCUUGCCGUACUUCUACAUCAUCGGCCAACCAAAGUGCGGCACAACAGACUUGUUUCACCGACUGCUGCUGCACCCGGAGGUGAAAUUCAACACCAUGAAGGAGCCGCACUGGUGGACCAGAAAACGCUUUGGUUAUAUCCGUUUCAAAGAUGGCUUCCAGGAAAGUUUCCCAGUGGACGAUUACCUGGAUCUGUUUGACUUGGCAGCCCGCAACAUCCAAGAAGGUAUCAGUGGAAAUUCAUCUGGAGACCAUCGCGCACUCCGGCUCAUAACAGGGGAAGCCAGCGCAUCCACUAUGUGGGACAACCAAGCCUGGAGCUAUAUCCACAGAGACAGGGAGGAGACAGAGCCCCCAUUCCUGGCUCAGGACUUCAUCCACGCAGUCCAGCCCGAGGCCAAAAUCAUCAUCAUGCUCCGAGACCCAGUCGAGAGGCUGUACUCUGACUACUUGUACUUUAAAAUGGCCAACAAGUCAGCGGAGGACUUCCAUCAGAAGGUGAUAGAGUCUGUUCAGUUAUUUCAGUCCUGCCUCUGUGAGAGGUCGCUGCGCUCUUGCGUCUACAACACCAGCCUCUACAACAUCAUGCCGGUGAGACUAAAUCUGGGCUUGUACAUUGUCUUCCUGCUGGACUGGCUGACAGUUUUCCACAAGGACCAGGUUCUUGUUCUUCGACUCGAGGACUACGCGACCAACCUCAGAGGGACAAUCAAGAAGGUUUUUGAUUUUCUAACUGUUGGUCCCCUGUCAGAGCAGGUGGAGGCAGCAGUGACCAAGCGGCCCAUGUCUAACACUCGGCGGGCGGCGGACAGGAAUCUCGGUCCUAUGCUUCCGGCCACCAGACACCUCCUCAGCGAAUUUCACAAGCCCUUCAACCAAAAACUGGCCACUGUAUUAGACAACAAGGCCUUCCUCUGGACUAACUCCUGAGGGAGCGCCUGAAAUGUGGACAGAUGUAAAUGAACAACGAGAGCAAGCGGCUGAAGCAGAAUGCCAAAAGAAAUGAAUCUACAAUAAAUGAACUCAUACACAGAUUAUUCAUUUUGAAUCAUUAGAUGGAGCUCUGAAUAAUUUUGUGAGUCUUGCUGGUAAUAUUUAUUUGGUUUUGAAAGAAUGUUAGUGAAUCAUAAAGUCAAGGUGAGAAUAAAAUAAACAGAUUUUUUUAUUAUUA